GUAAUUUACUUCUAUUCUCGAGUCGUUUAACUUGUUUAAAAUGAUUUAUAAUGAUGAUAAUAAGAUAAUUGUGUUAUAUAACAGUGUCCUUGUUGGGUUUUAAGGCUCAGUUCUCAAAAAGUUACGACACUGAACCAAAAUAAUGUCUCUGAAGGAAGUUGUGAUUGUAAGCGCUGUAAGGACACCCAUAGGAUCAUUCCAAGGUGCUUUAUCACCAUUAUCAGCCCCCGAAUUGGCUAGUAUAGCAAUAAAAUCAGCUAUAAAACAAUGCAAUAUCCCGAAAGAUGAAAUUAAAGAAGUUUUUAUGGGUCAGGUAUGUCAAGCUAACUCAGGGCAAGCUCCAGCACGUCAAGCAGCAAUUUUUGCUGGUCUUCCUGAUAGUACAAUCUGUACUACCAUUAAUAAAGUAUGCGCUACUGGUGUCAAAGCUGUUAAUUUAGCUGCGCAGACAAUAGAAACCAACGCGCAGGAUGUUUGCCUCGCUGGAGGCAUGGAAUCUAUGUCCAACAUACCUUAUUACUUAAAAAGAGGUCCUACUCCUUAUGGUGGUGUGUCUCUUGUAGAUGGAAUCAUCUUCGAUGGUCUUACAGAUGUUUAUAAUCAAAUACACAUGGGGAAUUGCGCGGAAAAUGUAGCGACGAAGCUAGGCAUCACCCGUGAGAUGCAAGAUGAACACGCGAUUAAUAGCUACAAACGUGCGCAAGAUGCUUACCAAAAGAAACUCUUUGAUAAAGAGUUAGUUGAAGUGCAAGUACCAAAUGUUAAUAAUAAAAAGGCCGCUGAUGUGUUGAUCACUGAAGAUGAAGAGUAUAAAAAGGUUGAUUUUGAUAAGCUGGUGAAACUCCCAACUGUGUUCCAACAAGAUGGCGGAACUGUUACUGCUGCAAAUGCGUCUACGUUGAAUGAUGGUGCAGCUGUGUUGAUACUUACAAGUCGUGAAGCAGCGAAUCGCCUUGGUUUGAUACCUCUGGCCAAGGUGAUUGGAUAUACUGAUGCUGCGAUUGCUCCGAUUCACUUCCCAAUGGCUCCAGCGAAGAGUAUCGCCGCCUUGUUGAAUAAAACAGGUGUUGAUAAAGAAUCCGUAGCGAUGUGGGAGAUAAACGAGGCGUUCAGUGUCGUACCGCUGGCGAAUCGUAAACUUUUAAACCUAGAUGCUGCUAAAGUUAAUAUUCACGGUGGUGCGGUGAGUCUAGGACAUCCGCUGGGGAUGUCGGGAGCAAGGAUUAUUGUACAUUUGGUUCACAAUUUGAAACGAGGUGAAAUUGGCGUUGCGUCGAGUUGUAAUGGCGGCGGUGGCGCGUCUUCCAUCAUGAUUGAAAAAGUUUAAUUUUAAGCUUACUUUUGUAAUCUCGAAUUCUCCGUAGUGAAUUAUAUGUCAUUUUGAAGAAGAAAUAAUUGUCUAUCUACUGAUAUCACUUACUUGUGUUAUUUCGGGGAUUUCUUGAAGAAAAUUCAAUUUUAGUGCGGAGCGAAAAUCGGCGUGACGGUUUGUGAAAAAAGACGCUUGUUCUACAUAGGCAACCACAUGUACAGCUAAGUAUGAAUAUUAAUAUAGCACUGUAACCUGUUUGUUGUUUGCAUGACAACAUGAAUUUGAAUAAAUAAAUGCUUACUAAUGCAUGCCAAACUCACUGAAACUCAUAA